AUGGACAACUGGGAGUUCACGUGGUAUUACCCUGCCAAUCCAACCGUGAAGACCGCCUGGUUGAGAUGCAAGAAAGACCGUCGUCUGCCCGCCUCCGAGUGCCUGUGGUACAACGUCAUCAACGCGCGACUCCCGCAGCCCGGGAUCAAUUUCCACAACACUCGCGCGACUGAGCAGUGGGUGGAAGAAGGUAUCAAGUGGCACAACCGGCCUGCAGAACCGAUCAGAGAGCAGCGACCAGCUCAACACCAAGUUCAAGGCGCUCAGCAGUACCAGGGGCAGCCGUCUCAGCAGCGAGCGGGACCCUACCCAGGACACCAUCAGCAAGCACAACACCAGCAAGCACAACACCAGCAAGCACAACACCAGCAAGCACAACACCAGCAAGCACAGCACCAGCAAGCACAGCGCCAGCAGGGACAGCCUCAGCAAGAACAUCAUCAGCAAGGACAACACCAGCAGGGACAGCAUCAGCAGGGACAGCACCAGCAGGGACAAAAGCAGCAGAGACAGCUUGAGAAUGGCCACCAUCAGGCGCAUUUGCAGCCACACUCGCGCACCGGCGCGCCGGUGGAUCGCACCGCUGCAGUGUCCCCGAAUUCCCCCAGCGAUCCGCGCAAUCAGCUCCAACAGCGUAGCCCCGUUCCCGGCCAACACCAGUCACGCAGUCCCGUGCCAAAUCAGUACCCACCGCGAAGCCCAAAUCCCGCUUCCACAUCCGACUUCGCCGUUACCAAUCGCGCGCCAACUUCAGUGCCAAACGGAUAUGCCCAGCCGCAGACGCAGUACCAAAGCCAAUACCAGCAGCGCAGCCCUCUGCCUGGACAUAAGAGCACCUUUUCCACGAGUCCUCGCAUUGCUACUCCGAUGCAGAAUGUCUACAAUAACCCAGCACCUCCAUACCAGCAGAGGAGUCCUCAGCCCGGGACGAACAGCUCGUACACCACGAGCCCUCAGCCUCAGUAUCCACAGACGAUGUCUCCAAAUGGACGUUCAAGCACUCCGGCCCACCGCAACAACAAUCACACAAUACACAAUACCUCCGCAUCUGGUAUGUCGCACCUCUCCAACGGCAACAACGAAGGCAGACCCCCUAGCGGACUUGGUAUCAACGGUCUUCGUCAACAACCAAGCUCGAAAAUCCAACUACAGCAAAACCAGCCACAGAACGGGCUGGCACCUCCCGAAAAUCGGCAUGAUAGCGUAUCUCCCAACAAUGGGUACGUCAACCACACUCUCCAUUACGCCCAUCCAUCCGCUACCAAUUUGCACAGUGCUCCUUCGCCCGGUCUUAAUAGGUCAUUCGGUGUCAACGUCCUCAGUUCUCAGCAAAUCCAGAGAAUUGGUCGCCCAGUCACACCUCAAAAUGGAAACGCAAGAGAGGAGGGUGACGAUCCGGCAGGACAAGUCUACAGACGUCUUGCUGAUCAGCAGGGAUGGAAGCAGUCAUUCUGA